AUGACAAUCGUUCUACAAUCGUCAAAUUUCUUGAAUUCAUCAACAUCAUGUAGAAAGGGAUUUAUUAGAGCGAAUAUUAAUACCCCGAAUAAUCAGACAUAUAAAAUCUCCCUUCCUAGGCUUCAAAAAAGAGCUAGAUUAGCACAGGAACAAGAGUUGAUUAGUGUGUUCUCAACUAGUGGUAGCCCAGUUGGGAAACAAAUUAGCCCUUCAAGAAGAAGUGAUCCUCUGGUGAUCGAGAAGCUUUAUGCGAUUAAGGAGGCAAUUGCGGAUAGAGUGGAGAUGCAUAGGAAUAUUGGGGAACAGAGGAGUCAAUGGAGCAGUAUGCUUUUGACAUCAAUUAAUGGGAUUACUCUUGCUGCUGCUACGAUGGUUGGAAUUGCAGCUAGUAGUAGUGGUGAUUCUGUUUUGGGACUAAAAAUGUCAUCCUCUUUGAUGUAUUUGGCUGCUACUGGUAUGUUGGUGGCCAUGAACCAAAUUCAGCCAUCCCAAUUGGCUGAAGAACAAAGAAAUGCAGCUAGGUUGUUUCAGGCUCUAUAUAACCAAAUCGAAACAACUUUAUCAAUCGGUCACCCUUUGAGUAUUGAUGUGAAAGAAGCUAUGGACAGAGUAUUGGCUCUUGACAAGGCUUAUCCAUUACCUCUUCUAGGCGGAAUGCUAGAGAAAUUUCCAUCUUCUGUUGAACCUGCUGUUUGGUGGCCUCAACAACGUCGAAGGCAGCCUAAAAGGGUCAAUGACAAUUGGAAUGGAUGGAAUGGUAAACUGGAGGAGGAAAUGAAGGAAAUAAUGGGAGUAUUAGGCAGAAAAGACCAAGAAGAAUAUAUUAGGCUGGGGGAGAAGGCAUUGAAAUUCAACAAGUUUUUAGCCAUGUCCGGUCCAUUGCUCACGGGCUUAGCAGCAGUUGGCUCUGCAUUUGCAGAUCAUUCUCCUCAUGGAUCAUGGGCAGCCAUGCUUGGAAUUGUUGGUGGCGCUUUGGCAAGUGUAGUUAACACAGUAGAGCAUGGUGGACAAGUUGGAAUGGUAUUUGAAAUGUAUAGGAGCAACGCCGGUUUCUUCCAGUACAUGCAAGAAUCUAUUGAAUCAAACUUGACAGAAGCAGAAAUGGAGAGAAGAGAAAAUGGUGAGGUGUUUGAAUUGAAGCUGGCUUUGAAAUUAGGAAGGAGCUUAUCAGAUCUAAGAAAUCUUGCUGCUGCUUCUUUAUCAAAGGGAGAAGAAAUCGACGAAUUUGGGAGCAAGCUUUUCUAA